GAAUUUUGAAUUGCAUUCAGCUAUUGUAUUUCAUAUCAGUUUUCUCAAUUCCAAGAAAACAAAGACGUGAAGAUGGUGUCUAUACUUGCAGAGGCUAUUGUUGGAAAACUUUGUGAGAUGGCCAUUAAACAAGCUGCUCAUGAGUUGAGCAUAGUGUGGAACUUCACUGAAGAUUUUGAGUGGCUGAAGAACCAAAUAGUGCAAAUCAAUUUUUUUCUAAGUGAAGCGGAUGAGAAGAACACUAGACAAAAGGAGUCUCUGAAAACAUGGCUUCAAAGAGUUCGCGACGUUGCCUGGGAGGCAGAGGACAUACUUCAAAUAUGUGCUGUGGAUUCUAUGGAUGCCACUAAUACUCAGUCAUGCACUUUGAUCUGUAAGCAAUUGAAUCUUCGCCAUAAAAUGAGCAGAAGAAUUCAAAAGGUCAAAGCCCGAAUGAGCUCUGUUAUUGCAGAUGGAAACCAGUUGAAUAUAGGUCAUACUGUGGUGUCUCACAUAGAAGCAGCAGAAUCAUCAAGUAGCUCCCAGAGACGACAGUUUAAGAGACUAAGUCUCCUGCCCAGCGAUUCAAAACCAGUGGGGAUACAGUCCAAGAUUGAAAGCAUGGUGAAUUUUCUAGAAAACCCCGAGCUUCAUGUCAUUGCAGUGGUUGGAAUGGGGGGGAUGGGUAAAACCUAUCUUCUUCAGCAUUUCUACGACGCGGAAAAGGGAAGGUAUGAGAAAUCUGCAUGGCUUUCAGUUUCUCAGUUCUAUUCUUUUUCCAAGCUGCUCAGUGACUUAGCCUUUGAAUUAGAUGAGAAUUUAAGUCGGAAAAUCAAGGAGAGUGGAGUAAGUGAAGAGGUAGCAGGAGAGGAGAUUCAGAGAUUUAUCCAAGGGAAGAGGUGCCUUAUUGUUUUAGAUGAUGUUUGGAGGGCUACUAGAGAAGGCGAUUUGCUAACUAGACUUGGUAUCCGAACUGGAGCUGACAGUCAAUGCAAAAUUUGUUGUUCAAAAUUCUACAAAAUUUUGGUUACCACAAGAAGUAGAGAGGUCGCAGUAAAUCUCAAUGCUCAGAUUUAUGAGAUAGAUCACUUGACAGAUGAAGAGUGUUGGAGGCUGUUUUGUGCUCAUGCAUUUCCUAGGACUGAGGGAAAUAGUGUGCCACAGCACCUGGAGAAGGUCGCUCGUGACAUAGAGAAGGAAUGUGGGAAAUUGCCACUUGCAAUCAAAACCACAGCAGCAUCUCUGGCGAACAGUACACUACCAAGGGACUGGCACUCCAAGCUUAACAAGCUGAAAAGGGUAAGCACUCCAAGCGAUCCUGUCUUGGAUAUUCUCAAGUUGAGUUAUGACACACUGCCUGCACAUUUAAAGGCUUGUUUUGCUUAUUUUUCCUUCUUUCCUGAGGAUGAGCAAAUAGAGUGCGAGUAUCUCAUGUAUCUAUGGAAUGGAGAAGGAUUCAUUCCGGGAGGAGAGAACCCGUGGGAAUGUUUAGACCUGCUUGCCAAUGUCUGUCUGGUUCAAGUGUGGGAAGAUAAAUGGAGUCUGAAAAAGUAUUGUCAACUUCACGAUUUACUGCUUGAUUUGGCAAUAUUUAUAUGUAGAGAAAAUAAAUGUGCAUUUGGUGUAGAUGAUGCCUUCCCCGAAUUGAAAUCAGAGAAUACAGGUGGUGGUCGGUGGUGUCGCCUAUUUUUGGCGAAGAAAGAUAUUGAUGAGCAUGCCAUUUCAAAGAGGCCGUCAGUUUCUCUCUCGCUUGUCCGCACACUGUCGCUGUCCUCCAAUACAAAAAUUGGAGGAAGGAUUCCGGCAAUGUUGUUUAGCGGUAUGAGAGUUCUUCGGGUUCUGGAUUUGAGCCACACAAAUAUCUCCACAUUGCCUGCUUGCAUUGGAAAGAUGAAAAUUUUAAAAGUGUUGAAUUUAAGAAAUACAAAGAUUAAGAAGUUACCGGAGUGUGUGAGACGUCUUAAGAGUCUCUCUUAUCUUGAUGUCUCUCAUUGCGGUGAAUUAGAGCAGCGUCAGCCACCCAAAUGGAUAAGUCAACUGAGAUGUCUUGAGCAUUUGGAAGGCCUAUUUGAGCGAAUGCCGAAGGUAAUAUCAAAGCUGGAAGUUUUGCGGACACUGCGAACAUCAUCAUCCGGUUUCUACUUGUCCUUGUCCAUGGAAAACGACGGUGUGUUAAGGUUAGAGGAUAUUGGCAAGAUGAGUAGGCUUGAGGAAAUAGCGUUCAAAGUUGAGCAUGAAUCACAGUUGAAGAGGAUGGCAGAAGGGAUCCUUGAACCGCUGGUGGAGAUGCGUCGGCUGUAUGUCACAAAUGCAACCCGUGGAAUGCAAGAUGCAUCAGAAUCGGAUCUUCCGCAGUUUCCGGAGAGAAUGAGUGUAAUGAGAGAUCUGGAACAUCUUGAACUAUGGAAGUUUGGAGUCCCAAGUUGGCUAUGUAGUUUGGAAAAUCUCAGGUCCCUCUCUUUAAACUAUUGUGUUUGCAGUAAUUACCCGGAAUUACAAGCAAUGCCCAAUCUAGUACUUUUACAGUUGGUGAACAACAAGAGGUGCAAAAAUUUGCCAAAGGCAUUUGGCAAGUCGGGAGGGUUUCCACUCCUCCGCUUCGUUUUGAUAGAUAGUUUUCCUGAAUUGGAGGAGUUUCCGGAAAUGGAGGAUGGAGCAAUGGUAUCUCUUGAGAAGUUGACUUUAGGCUAUUGUACCAACUUGAAUAAAAUUGGAGAGGGAUUGGAGCGACUGAAAAGACUCGAAGAGAUCAAGAUUGAGUUUUCAGGGACAAAUGAAUUAAAGGAGACCUUGAUGGAAGGUGGAAUAUAUUGGAAAAAAAUCAAAGCCAUCAAUUCUCAUAUAAAUAUUAACGUGAAAUGAUGUGGAAUGCCUCCGAUAUAGG